AUGCAGCGUGCCAUCUCGACCAACGUUCGAAGUCUUGUCAUCCGCAACAUUGUGGAGGCGGCUGCUGUGCGCGACAUCACCGAGGCAAGCAUCUGGGACUCGUACGUGCUCCCCAAACUCUACGCCAAAUUGCAUUACUGCGUGUCGUGCGCAAUUCACUCCAAGGUGGUGCGCAAACGUUCCCGUGAGGCACGUCGCAUCCGUACGCUGCCACUCCGCUCCUUCCCCAAGGACAUGGCCCGCAACAACCAGAAUGCUUAUGGCGGCGGCUAC